AUGUUAAACAUAAAACAAACAAGGUUACAUUUCACAGGUAAGACUAACGUCGACAUUUGGAUUAGCUAAUUUAGCUAGUAACUAGCCAACUAGCUAGUCAGUUUACGUUAGCUUGUGUAGCUAGCUAAGAUUUCCAGUAAUAAAAUAGCUAACCAGCUAUACCUUGAUUUUGACGAAUGUGACUUAUAUCUUAGCUACCGUAUCAUAAAAAAAACGUGGAACUUCUAAACAAACGAACAACCCGUAUUAGCCCGGCCUUAGUGGUCGCUGUUUCAUCACUGUUUUUAGCAAUCUGCAGUUCAAACAGUAACAAAGCGGAGCUUCGCCACUGAUUUGGUAAAUAGCUGAGGGAUGGGGCUGGAGAAAUGUAACCACUGUCAAAUUCAUAGACAGAGCUAUGAAUGCAAGGACUGACCAGAGGCAGUGACCAUCCAUGAUGUCAGAAUUAUAGUUUUAACAAUGUUAUGAGGCUAUAAAGUGUUUGUUUACAAUUACAAACUAAUAUUUUGGGUUCUGAUGGGUAUGACAGUUGAACUAAGCUCAUGAGGCAUUUAUAAGUUAUAUUCUUCAAGAAUCAAUAGUUAUAUACAUUUAAAAGUCCAAAAAUGUAUGUUACAAUCACAGAUUUCCCCGUUGAUGUUUACAUUUUGUUUUUUUUACCUUUUCUUAUGUCAACAGCUUUCCAAAGCGUGAUCCUAAACGAAUAAAAGAGUGGGUGGGUCAGAUGAAAUGGAAAGACUGGCAGCCAACCCCCCAUUCCCUACUGUGCUCAGAGCAUUUCGAGGAGAGGUGCAUGGAUAGAACUGGGCAGACAGUGCGUUUACGUGAUGAUGCCAUACCAACUAUCUUUACCUUUCCUAGUCACCUACAAAAAAAGGUAUUUUGUCAAAUGAGGCAGGUGUGUUGUUUUCAUUUAAGCUAUUAGACCUAACUGAGUCUGGUGGUUGUGAAUGUAACAUAUGAGGAAUUCUUGAAACGUGCUUUGGCUUUGUUGGUUGAGUUGAACUUUUGAAUGGUCUGUUUUAUUGUUGAGUUCUUGUAGUUUCAGAAAACAGCUGGAAGGAGGAAAAGAGUAACCUUGGUGAGAAAUGCUAAAUGUUCCAAACAAAUCAAAUUUUAUUUGUCACAUGGGCCGAAUACAACAGGUGUAGACCUUACAGUGAAAUGCUUACUUACAAGCCCUUAACCAAUAAUACAUUUUUAAGAAAGAAUAUCUAAAAAAUCAAUUAAAUAAAAGUAACAAAUAAUUAAAGAGCAGCAGUAAUAGCGAGGCUAUAUUGUGCUCCUAUAUUGUGCUCCUGAGUGGCGCAGUGGUCUAAGGCACUGCAUCGCAGUGCUAACUGUGCCACUAGAGAUCCUGGUUCGAAUCCAGGCUCUGUCGCAGCCGGCCGCGACCGGGAGACACAUGGGCGGCGCACAAUUGGCUCAACGUCGUCCAGGGUAGGGGAGGGAAUGGCCGGCAGGGAUGUAGCUCAGUUGGUAGAGCAUGGCGUUUGCAACACCAGGGUUGUGGGUUCAAUUGGCCCAACGUCGUCCAGGGUAGGGGAGGGAAUGGCCGGCAGGGAUGUAGCUCAGUUGAUAGUGCAUGGUGUUUGCAACACCAGGGUUGUGGGUUCGAUUCCCACGGGUGGCCAGUAUAAAAAUAAAUAAAUAUGUAUUCACUAACUGUAAGUCGCUCUGGAUAAGAGCGUCUGCUAAAUGUCUAAAAUGUAUAUACAGGGGGUACCGGCACAGAGUCAAUGUGCGGAGGCACCAGUUAGUCGAGGUAAUUGAGGUUACUGUACAACCAGUUUUCCAUUCGUAUUGCUGUUUACUCUUAAGUAUAUGGCAGAUUUGGAUUUCCCUUUUGAUUUCACAAAUAAAAUGAACUGUGUUUGGCCUCUACUCGUUACUUCCAGUUUCCAGAGGAUCCUGUUCCUGAGGAGUCGACACAACGGGAGAAGUCUCCACCAAGUUACUUAAACCACAGUAUAUGGCACCCAAGUCGUUUCCAUGACGACUACUGUGUUCCACAGGUACAAAGUACAUAUCAUUCUUAUCUAGAAUUUUUUUUAAAGAUUUUUUGACAAAUAUUUCAUUCAUGCUUAUUUAUUUUGUAUUUAUUUUUUUGCAGAGUAUUGACUGGGCUGUAAAAGACAUGCCUAAAGGAGUAAGUUGUGAGUUAGCCCUUAUGAAGCUGAUUGAGCUCAUCAAAAUUGUUUGAUUGGGAAGGGUUCCCGUAAUUCCUUACAGAACAACCAUGUUUGUAUCUUUUGCCAAAUAUUCCAAAUGUUUUCAUCCAAACAGCUUAGUUCACGGUACCUGCUCAAAAAUCCCAGGGAGGAGCGUGUUGAAAAGUAGUGUCACUGUUACUCCCAACGAUCUUGAUGAGGCCCAAACCUCUAGGGCUAGUUGCAUGUAUGAUUACAAAAUCCUAUAAAGGUCUUCUAUAACCCUAAACCUUUCCAUACACGUGCUUUAAUAACUGAACUCCUGACAAUUUCAGAUCCCAUCUGCAACUUUAGAAAAGCAAGGUCUGAUCUUUAUCCCCAAGCACGCAAUCAAGGUAAGGUUUCUGACAGACGAUUGUAUUCUGGACAGCGGGCAACAAGAUUCUUUUUCACCUGGGUCCUGUUCAUUAGGGCAAACGGUGCCGAAGGAAUACAAACAUGUAUACAGAUAGUGCAGCGCUACCUUGCUUCACUCAGGUUCUGAGGGUUUCCUUCUGUUUUAUGCCUACUAACUGAACACGACCCUGGUCAACUUAAAGGAUUACUGUUGUGUGUAUUCCCCAGUUAUUACCUCAUGUUAAUUGAUAUGCAUAUAAACUACACAUCAUAACUACAGAUUAUUUUUGUUUGAACCAGAUCAAGGAGAAAUGGCAAUGGCUGACAAUGGAUGUGAAGGGACCAUUUCCAGAGACCAGAAGUAGACACAAGUUUGUACUAACUGUAAUGGACUACUACUCAAAAUGGAUGGAAGCCUACCCCAUGAAAACCAACAACAGUAAAGAGAUUGCCAAAAUAAUUUCUGACCUCAUCUCUCGCUUUGGCUUCCCUGUUGGAAUCCUGUCUUGUUUGACUCGAGCACACAUUUUAGAGGUAAGAGAUGCAUGCAUGUAUCGAUGUAAGUGUUACUGUACUGCCCUAAAUAAAAAUGUUUUGGGGUAAAUGAAGUGUUGCACUAAAUUAUCUCAUGAAUAUUAAGUACCAGGGGUUGGAACCAAAAUUAUUUUCCAGUCGUUUUGUUCUGAAGAAAACCAUAUUUGUUUUUGUUCCAUUCCACUGUUCAGCAGAAUAAAGAUCUGAACCAGUUCCACCCCAAACAGUCCUGCUUUAUGUCGUUCCAUUCCACUGUUCAGCAGAAUAAAGAUCUGAACCAGUUCCACCCCAAACAGUCCUGCUUUAUGUCGUUCCAUUCCACUGUUCAGCAGAAUAAAGAUCUGAACCAGUUCCACCCCAAACAGUCCUGCUUUAUGUCGUUCCAUUCCACUGUUCAGCAGAAUAAAGAUCUGAACCAGUUCCACCCCAAACAGUCCUGCUUUAUGUCGUUCCAUUCCACUGUUCAGCAGAAUAAAGAUCUGAACCAGUUCCACCCCAAACAAUCCUGCUUUAUGUCGUUCCUUUCUCUUCCUUUUUUAAACCACUGAAAUCGAAAAUGUUUUACAUUUAGCUGCGGAUAGAGCAGCUUACUAUGGAAAGGGCAAGCUUUUUACAUUCAAUGGACAGACAAGGGUAGGGCGUGAGAUGGGACUGAAAUGUUGCUGUUGGGGAGAGAGGGAGGAGGCUUGGCUUGAAGCGCUGGGCAUCUUGUUAUGACCUGCAUUAUCUGAAAUAGGCCCACAGGAUUAUACCAACAGAGGAGCGGCUUCAAGGAACGUUGAAUGUCUUGGAACUUCAGAGAGUUGGUUUAACGUUGGACCAGAGCUAGCAGAGCGGCACCAGAACUAAAAUAAAAACGUGUUACCUUUUUGUAGUUAAUCAAAACAAUGUGAAACGUGAUAACUAUCAUAUCCUUAACUAGCAUUGAAAAAGUUAAUCCAUUCGUCUCUAAUUAAAAAUCGCUCUUCUAAUUUCUGAAUCCCUCUUUGAACGUCAGUAGGGUACAAUAGACGAUGCUUCGGAUGGGGAGGGGCAGGUAGCCUAUGCACGCACACACUGGCAAAGAUUUUCAGCUGGCAGGCAGAAACUAGAAUAUGUUUCUGAGUGACGGGGUGAGGGCUUUGCAUAGACGCUUUGUUGCAUUUUUUUGUGGGACUGGAAAAAGAAUGCCCGGAACGUAAAAUAACAUUAUUAACCGGUUCACAUCCUUUUCAAACAACGGUUCUGUUCCGGAACAGUAUAGAUUACUUUCGUUCCCGGUUCUGAUUCUGUUCCUCUAAAAAGUGCAUUAUUUUCCAGUUUUCUGGUCCUGUUCCCUGAACCGGUUCCAACACCUGUUAAGUACCCCUCCUCUUUUAAUUUUACAGAUCAACUCGGCUUUGGGUGAUCUGAAGAAACUGACAGGCCAACUCAUAUUCUACCGCCCUCUGGGAGUGUCACUGGAUCCAGUAACAAAGUCCCUCAUAGACCGGUUUGUUCUCCACUGUACCUUGCUACACAGCCACCUGAUUCUAAAAGCUUAUACUAUGGAUAGUAGUGUACUAAAUAGAACUGGGUAAUGAUUGCAAGAAUCUUUUGGCAGUUUCCUAAAUCCAAUCACAUGUCAUGCUAGCCCAGCUGACUUAUAAUAAUAUGCAUUUGUUUUGUUUAAUCCAUUUUCAUCAUAUAACUGGACAGGUUGGUGUCAGAUCUGGUGAAAGACCAUCCUGAUCGCUGGGAUGUUUACCUGGCUGCCAGUGUGUUCAGCUUCUGCUGCAAGGAGCACCCCACCACUAGACAAAUACCCCUCUCUCUGCUGCGCUGCGGAGGGACUCAGUCCGUCUCCACCUCACCAAGAAAGCUGCCUGUAAGUUGGAGGCUGACAGUGUUUAGACUCACAAGUUCCUACUCCUACAUCAAAACAUACUCAUAUCAUUGAUUCCCAUUGAAUGAAUGAAGAAAUGCACAUAGAAAUAGGUUUGAAUUAUGUAAUAUUUUUGUUCAGCUUUUAUACUGACUUGUGCUUUGACCACCCUGUUUGCAUUGCAGGACAAUGGGAUAAAAGGAAGGACCUUUGUCAUACUAGAGGCCCAACCACCUCAAAGGGAAGUCCGCGUGGAGUGCAGUCAGUGCAGUCAGUGGAGCACGGUCAGCCAGGACUCCGAGCUGAAGAGAUAUGAGGACAUGAAACUUGGGGAUGAGGACUACACCCACACCUGUGUGAGCUGCAGGGUGGCCAUGAGCUGCAGGGUGGCCCUGGAGGUCAUGAGGGGUUAGCAGACAAGGACAUGAACAACUGGAUGUAAAUGACAAAGGAGCUUUUCAAACAAGGACUGAAAAGAUGGAGGAUAUAAUAUGGAUGUUGGAAACAAAGUGGUGGUGAAGGAAGAGAUCGAUGUUGGAGUCAUAAAAGAGGCAUAGGGGAAGAAGUUUGAAUAAUAGGAGUUUAUCAUGUAUACACUUUAAAGUUGCUCAGUCAUUGAAGUUUUCGGAAUGAAAUAUAAACAGAUUGUUGUAGACAGUUUUGUUUUCAAGUUGUUGUGUGUGCUCAAACAGUGGAGUUUUUCUAUUUUUUUUAAAUGCAUUUGGGCAAACAUCUAUAUACUGCUUCAAACAUCUAUAUACUGCUUCAAACGUCUAUAUACUGCUUCAAACAUCUAUAUACUGCUUCAAACAUCUAUAUACUGCUUCAAACGUCUAUAUACUGCUUCAAACAUCUAUAUAUUGCUUCAGUGCUUCGCCUAUUCCUCUCUGAUAUCCUCUCUGGUAUUUUAGAGAAUGCGGUAGCUGCAGUCCAAUAUGGCUACCGGAAAGUGGGUGUGUCGAAAGGAAAGGAGUGGGUGUGUCGAAAGGAAAGGAGUGGGCGUGUGGAAAGGAGUGGGUGUGUGGAAGGCGCUCUGCUAUAGGUUACUUAGACGGUUGCUUACUGUGACUGUCACCCUGAUAUUGGUUACUAGGCAGCUACUUCCCACUCCGUUGGGGGUCAAUGGACAGUAGACCGUGGACAGAUUGGAUUAUGCUGAGCAGCGGGGCAACGGUCUAUGACCCGUGACCUGAAAGGGCAAAAACCAGGAGGGAGGAGCGCUCUUCUCAAAUGGAACAGUAAUCUGUGCCGCUGGGUCAUGUUGUCAACAAGGCAGCAUGGUGCAUCGUCCAGAAACAUACAACAUCUCUUUUCUAUAAAAUAUAUGUUUGAAUUUUCAAACUAAUUUCCCUUGGGAAGGCAGAUCUGGUCCUCCAUAUCUCAGUUGGUGGAAGCAUGGUGCUUGUAACACUAGAAUUUGGGUUUGAUUCCCGCUGGGACCACCCCUACAUAAAAUGUAUGCACACAUGACUACAAUAUUACAUUUUUGUCCUUUAGCAGAAGCUCUUAUCCAGAGCGACUUAUAUCUAGUGCGUUUAUCUUAAGCUAACUAGGUGAGACAACACAUCACAAUCGUAUCAAGUACAUUUUCUCUCAACAAAGACUUUAUCAGCAAAGUCAGUGCUAGUGGGAAAACAACGUUUAUUUUUUUAUAAAAGUGUCUGCUAAAUGGCGAUAGUGUUUCUAUCAAAAGCAAUACACCACGUGCCUAAUUAUGUCACUUUUGUUUUGAGCCGACUUUGCUGUGGGCUUUGAACGGGGCACCUGGCUCAUGCCCACGAGGCAGCCCCAUUCCAAAACGAAUGAAAUCAACUUUCAUCCGGUACAAAUCACGCCUACCCGUGUGCCUGGGACAGAUGAAUAGAAUCUCCUCAGUGCUUGGCAAGCAGGAGCCGUGAUCACGGCUGGGCUACUGCAUUUUGGUCCCCGGAAAACAGCUCAUUUACUGCAUUUCAACACAUUUUGGCAGGGUGCAGAGAGAAAAAUGUGGCCAAUCCGGCCCUGACUGUGAAACAGCUAUCCAGUGUGAAGCACCUAAGGUCAGCAGCAUAUCUGCCUCAGUGGUUGGCAGGCACCUUGAUACAGCAGCGGUGCUAUGGUCGCCAGGCUUAUCAACUUGUCAUGCAGUCCAACCAGCCACGCGAAGCGGUCUUGAGUGGCAACAAAUCUGCCCAAUUAGGUUAUUUUCUUUCCAUACGCACGCUCAUUUCGACACACCCACUCUCUCAUACUCUGGUCACCAUAUUGGGCUGCAGCUACCCCUACUUGGGAUUUUACAUGGUGUUAUUUUCCUUUUUUCCACCCCGUCCAGUUGGUGGUGGUGUUGCACUACCUUUUUGUUUUCUACACGCCAUAAAACCACCAGCGAGGAAGAAGAAAUGAACAAGCCCUAUCUGUCUUGUUGAGCUUUGACACAGAGUUUCUACCUGAUAGCAGUGGAGGCUCCUCAGGGGAGAAAGGGGAGGACCAUCCUCAGUGAAUUUCAUAAAAAUAGUGAAACAUUAAAAUAGUUUUCCUUUUUAGAUAAAAACUAUACAAAAUAUAUUCACGUCACCAAAUAAUUGAUUAAAACACACUGUUUUGCAAUGAAGGUCUACAGUAGCCUCAACAGCACUCUGUAGGGUAGCACCAUUGUGUAGCCGGAGGACAGCUAGCUUCCGUCCUCCUCUGGGUACAUUGACUUCAAUACAAAACCUAGGAGGCUCAUGGUUCUGACCCCCUUCCAUAGACUUACACAGUAAUUAUGACAACUUCCGGAGGACAUCCUCCAACCUAUCAGAGCUUCUGCAGCAUGAACUGACAUGUUGACCACCCAAUUAAAGGAUCAGAGAAUGAAUCUAGUACUGAAAGCAUAAGCUACAGCUAGCUAGCACUGCAGUGCAUAAAAUGUGGUGAGUAGUUGACUCAAAGAGAGAGAAAGACAAUAGAUUAACAGUUUUGAACAAAUUAAUUUCUUCAAAAAUGAAGGAGGAUCAAGAGAGAGAGCUAUAUUUAGUAUAUAAAUAUAUAUAUAUAUAUAUAUAUAUUACUUUCACUUACUUAGCUAGCAAAUGCAGCUAGCUAGCCUACUCAAACACCCGGCUCAAACAGAAGGAUGCUGUGUUAGCUAGCUGGCUACGGCUAUCCAACACUGGAACUCUUCCAAGUCAAGGUAAGCUUUUGGUUUUACUAAUGUAUUGCCACCGGGGCCUGCCGGAGUUAUUGCUAAACUGCUAACUGACUGUACACAAAUGUUACUGCAUGAUUGUAGUGGGUUUACUUAUAGUUAUGUUAUAUUUGCUAUUCUGUGAGGGCCUAUAUUCCCGCUAUGGUGCUUUAAGUGCCAAGGAUUUGAACAAGUUGCAGCAGUGUGUAGAAGGGAGAUCCCACAAUGUGAGAAAUGUGCAGGAGGGCAUAGUCAGAGGGAGUGUACAGUUGGGAUAGAGAAAGCACUGUGUCAACUGUGGAGGUGCCCAUGCAGCUGGGAAACUGAAGUGCCCUGUGAAAGAGAGACAGGUUUAGAUUGCCAGAGUUUGAGAUGGGCAGAAAGUUUCAGGCCUAUACCCCCAGUGAGUAUAGGCCUGAAGAGAGGGAUCCAGAGAAGAUGAGUUUUAGUAAGGUUGGAUUUCUUACCUUUAUAACCAUGGUGAUGAACUGCACUGCACUGAUGGAGCUGAAAUCACAGAACAUAGAUGUGGUAGGUGCAGCAGCAGAUAAAUAUUUGGGUGUGAGUGAUUUUAGUGCAGAAGAUCUACAGGAAGUUUUGAGAGAAGGGGUUCCAUCCUCCCAGGCCGACAGCCUGGUGUAGGAUCGCUUAGGACCAAAGUAGUGGGAUGGGGUGGUGGGUUUUUGGGGGAUAGUGUUUAGGUGCAGGGUUAGAUGAUGGGGACCAAAUGUGCAAUACGCACUCCGACCUGCGAAAGGCAGCAAUAAAUAACACCGCGUCUAAGUUCUGCCGGAAAUUCACACGAAGAAUAAAAAAUGUCAUGUUCAGCUUACAGCUGUAAGAAUAGAGGACAUGAUACAUAUGAUAAAAAUAAUCAGUUGCGUGCCAAAAAAGUUAGGCUUCACAGGUAAGGCUUGCAGCAUUUGACUAACAACACGUUCUUUGCUAACCACGUAGUGUAAGCGAUUGGGUAGCCAACAUGUUAGAUAGCAGCUAGCGAAGCUAACAUUAUCAUGUGAGGCUAGCUGAGAGAUUUCCGGUCAUUUCGAUUUUAUAGAACGUGCCGUAUUAUACCUUAGCAUAACUAGUUAGCUAGCUGUUUUUGUUGAAGCUAAAUUAACAAGUCCUGAUGUGAAGGGAUCUGGGAAUCUGUCCAAUGUAAUGGUAUUUUCAAUUAGGCUAUUGUCGAUAUUUAUGCUAGCCACAGCUGAUUUUCUAUAUCAUAACCAAAAUAUAACUGUUUUCGUUGCAAACACGUUUUCCGUUUGAAGUAAACGGUUUCCGUUGCAAAACAUUUGACUAAAGAUUACAGGCCUGGGGUGUAUUCAUUAUGCAGAUUCUGUUGCAAAAGUUAUUUAAACUGAAGUGAACUAAAUGGAGAGGGACCUACCAGAAUUUGUCAAAUAGAAACUAGAUUUAGUUGCAAAACGAAAUGUCUAUUGAUGUCCCUGAUGAAAUGGUCUGUCAUGAAAUUCCCUAAAAACAUGCCACUUCGAAAACAGCUAUGACUUUGUAAUAGCAGGUUUGGAGAAUUAGGUUAAGGUUAGGAAAAGGGUUAGCGAAAAUGCUUUCCUAACCUGCUACGAAAAGUCACAUGUAUUGAAGUGGCGUGUUUUUAGGGAGUCCUGGACUGUCAACCUUUGCAUCUGCAGCACUAUGGGGUUACAUUUCCUUAUAGCCCAUCCCUAAGCUGGAUACUAAAACAAGUGGCAAGGACCCCCAUCUUCUCUGAAUUAGCUUUAAAAGUCCAGUGCCAUCAAAAACGUGAUUUUCCUGUGUUUAUAUAUAUAUAUAUAUAUAUUUCCACACUGAGGUUGGAAUAAUACGGUGAAAAUGAUGAUAAUGCCCUUUUAGUGUAAGAGCUGUUUGAAGACUGCCUGAAAUGUUUUGCCUGUUUUGGUGGGAUGGCGUUUUGGUCUGCCUGGUGAUAUCACCAGGCGGUAAAUUAGUUGAUAGACCAAUAAGAAAGAGUUCCAAACCUCUUUUGGGACCAUUUUUUAAAAUUGAAAACAAUCACAGUAAGGUAUUACUUAAUUGUUACCCAGAAAUUAUUUUGAUAUUGAGAUAAAAACGUCUGCAUUAGACCUUUAAAAAAAAAGCUAAUGUUGUUUCUCUCAUCUAUGUUGAUGUAUAUUAGCUAAGUUGUUACUUUUUUUAAAAUUAGAUUUCCGCUGAGUGACCCCAAAAGACUAAAAAAGUGGAUCCAUCAGAUGAGAUGGAAAGGCUGGAAGCCAAACAGAAACUCCAGACUGUGUUCAGAGCAUUUUGAGGAGAAGUACCUGACAACACCCUCAACUGGGCCUGGUGUUCGUUUACGUCCUGAUGCCAUUCCAACUAUAUUUUCCUUUCCUAGUCAGUUCCAAAAAAAGGUAAUUUGUGAAAUUAUGCAGGUUUGUUUUUUUGUUAAGCUAUUGACUGUUUUUUUUCUUCAAAAUUGUUAUUAUUUUGAUACAAAUGAGAAAUUCUUGAAUCAUGCUUUGGAAUUGUUGUUUUGAACUUUCGAGCAGCAUGUUUAAUUGUUGAGUUCCUGUUUCAGAAAACAGCCGUAACGAGGAAAAGAGUAACCCUGGUGAGACAUUUAAAAACCUAAUUGUCCUACUAGUUUUCAAUUUGUAUUGUUUUUGAUAUGGCUAGGAGUCACACUUUUAUUCUCAAUCUUUCACAAAUGAAAUGAACUACACAACCAAAAGUAUGUGGACACCUGUUCGUCAAACAUGUCAUUCCAAAAUCAUGGGCAUUAAUAUGGAAUUGUUCCCCCCUUUGCUGCUAUAAUAUGGAGGACUAAAAGUGCCACAAUUAAAUAAAUAAAUACACCAUUAAAUAAUUACUUAAAUGUGUCAUUAAUUAAUUAAAAUUAGAAUUAAAUACAUAAAUGUGUAAUUAAAUGUAUCAUUAAUUGAUUCAAAUACCGAUUCAUUUUAUGUAAAAUACAUAUAUAAUUAUUUCACUAUUUACAUUUACAUUUCAUGAUCCUGCAUUGCAGUGAUUCAUGAAUUACUUAAAACUGUCAAACUGACCCAUCAAAAGUUGGUAGGCGGAACCUAACGCCUGAUUGGUUACCCUCUGCAUCAAGCCAAGACAAAUCAAUUCCGGAUAAUGGAUUGAUGCAGAGCUACUGAACACAUUCCAAUACACUGGGUGGCGCUAUUCACCUUCAAUAAGUUCCUCUGCUUUACUAGCUACAUGCUCUGGGUCAGCAGGUCCUGCUUCUACAUCCUCUGCUAAGUUUAAAAUGUCUCUAACCAACUCCCUGGAAAGUUCACGGAGAUCCUCCAUUGUCUCUAUCCAGGUUGGCCUACUCAAACAGCCUCCACUCUUCUGGGAAGGCUUUCCACUAGAUGUUGGAACAUUGCUGCGGGGACUUGCUUCCAUUCAGUCACAAGAGCAUUAGUGAGGUCGGGCACUGAUUUUGCGCGAUUAGGCCUGGCUCGCAGUCGGCAUUCCAAUUCAUCCCAAAGGUGUUCAAUGAGGUUGAGGUCAGGGCUCUGUGCAGGCCAGUCAAGUUCUUGCACAUCGAUCUCGACAAACCAUUUUGUAUGGACCUCGCUUUGUGCACAGGGGCAUUGUCAUGCUGAAACAGGAAAGGGCCUUCCCCAAACUGUUCCCACAAAGUUGGAAGUACAGAAUUGUCUAGAAUGUAAUUGUAUGCUGUAGCGUUAAGAUUUCCCUUCACUGGAACUAAGGGGCCUAGCCCGAACCAUUAAAAACAUUCCCAGACCAUUAUUCCUCCUCCACCAAACUUUACAGUUGGCAAUAUGCAUUUGGACAAGUAGCAUUCUCCUGGCAUCCGCCAAACCCAGAUUUGUCCGUCGUACUGCCAGAUGGUGAAGCGUGAUUCAUCACUCCAGAGAACACGUUUCCACUGCUCCAGAGUCCAAUGGUGGUGAGCUUUACACCACUCCAGCCGACGCUUGGCAUUGCGCAAUGUGAUCUUAGGCUUGUGUGCGGCUACUCAGCCAUGGAAACCCAUUUCAUGAAGCUCCCGACAAACAGUUAUUGUGGUGACGUUGCUUCCAGAGGCAGUUUGGAACUCGGUAGUGAGUGUUGCAGCUGAGGACAGAUGAUUUUUACGCGCUUCAGCACUCGGCGGUCCCGUUCUGUGAGCUUGUGUGGCCUAGCACUUCGCGGCUGAACCGUUGGUGCUCCUAGGGCAGAAAUUUGACGAACUUUACUUGUUGGAAAGGUGGCAUCCUAUGACAGUGCGAUGUUGAAAGUCACUGAGCUCUUCAGUAAGGCCAUCAAAUCAAAUGUUAUUUGUCACAUGCGCCGAAUACGACAGGUGUAGACCUUACAGUGAAAUGCUUACUUACAAGCCCUUAAUCAACAAUGCAGUUUUAAGAAAGAAUACCAAACAAAACCACAAAAAAAUACAAUAUAAAAUAAUACGAAAUAAAAGUAACAAAUAAUUGCUGCCAGUGUUUGUCUAUGGAGAUUGCAUGGCUGUGCUCUCGAUUUUAUACACCAGUCAGCAACGGGUGUGGCUGAAAUAGCCGAAUCCACUAAUUUGAAGGGGUGUCCACAUACUUUUGUAUAUAUUGUGUAUUUAUUAACCUCUACUUGUGAUUUCAGUUUCCUGAGGAUCGUGUUCCUGAGGAUUUGCCAUCAGUACCAGCUGAGCCAAGGUGGUUCUCAAAACCAAUACAGUUUGUAUGAGUUAUAGGUUAUGGGCCGAUGUUGUGAAGAAAUGAAGCAAUUCAUAGUUUCCCUCUCUUGUUUCCUCUUGUAAUGAAACACUAGCUCUGCAGCGUCAACACGGUUGAAGAGGACUCCCAGUUACUUUAACCACAGUAUAUGGCACCCAAGUCGUUUCCAUGAUGAUUACUGUGUUCCACAGGUACGAAGAACAUAUCACUCUUAUCCAGACCUCCAAUCGUCAAACACAUGUUGUGUUAAAUACUUGAGGUGCGCUUGAUUUAGCUCGCCCCAGUACAAUAACCAAUGGAACACUGUCUUCCCAGCCUGCACACCGGUAAGCUAAAUCAAGCGCACCUCUAGUGUUUGAGUAUUUGGCCCAGGUCUGCUCUUAUCUGGAGUUUUUACAUUUAUGGAGAUAUUUCAUGUAUCCCUUUUAUUUUUAUUUUUGCAGAGUAUUGACUGGGCUGAGAAGAUAGACCAAAUGAAGUAAGUGUUAGCUCUUAUGAGGCUGAUUGGGCCAAACAGAAUCGAUCGAUUGUGCUCCACUCACAACCAAACAAUCCUGAUGGGCCCAAACGAGGGCUACAUUGAAACUCAUAUAAGGACUAGUUGUGUGUAUACAGUGUGUAAGGGCUUAGACGACUAGUUGUGUGUAUGAUCAACAACAUUGUAUAAAGGCUUUCUAUACCUCCAAACCUUUAUUUCCUGCUUUAAUCACUGAACUCUCCUGACAAUUUCAGGUCCCACCUUCAGCUUUACAAAAGCAAGGGCUGAUCUUUAUCCCCAAGCUCGCAAUCAGGGUAAGGUUUCUGACAGACAGGCUUAUUCUGGACAACAGACAACAAUAUUCUUACAUUUAUUAUUUUAUAUCUAAUAUAUAUAUCAUUUUCUUUUAUUUGAACCAGAUCAAGGAGAAAUGGGAAUGGCUGACAAUGGAAGUGAAGGGGCCAUUUCCAGAGACCCAAAUUGGACACAGAUUUAUAGUAACUGUAGUGGACUACUACUCAAAAUGGGUGGAAGCCUACCCCAUUAAAACCUGCAGCAGUAAAGAGAUUGCUGAAAUAAUUUCUGACCUCAUCUCUCGCUUUGGCUUCCCUGUUGGAAUCCUGUGUUGUUUGAGUGUAGCGCUGACUGUAGAGGUAAGAGAUACUGUGGUUAGAUUGUAGAGAUGGUAUUGUGUAGUUUCUUAUGCAGUAUUUGCAGCAUUUAUCUAUGUUAGCGUUACUGUACCUCCACCUGAAAACAGAACCAGUUGUAUUGGUUGUGAUGGCCCAAUGUAUGUUGCACCAAAUGAUCUCAUGAAUAUUAAGUACCCCUCCUCUUUUGAUUUUACAGAUCAACUCGGCUUUGGGUGAUCUGAAGAAACUGACAGGCCAACUCGUAUUCUACCGUCCUCUGGGAGUGUCACUGGAUCCAGUAACAAAGUCCCUCAUAGACCGGUAUGUUCUCCACUCCAACGUUCGUUAACGUAACUUUAAUAUAACUUUUCAAGAAGCGCAUCGGUACUAAAUUGAACUGGGUAAUGAUUGCAAGAAUCUUUUGGCAGUUUCCUGAAUCCAAUCACAUGACAUGCUAGCCCAGCUGACUUAUAAAAUAUGCAUUUGUUUUGUUUAAUCCAUUUUCAUCAUAUAACUGGACAGGUUGGUGUCAGAUCUGGUGAAAGACCAUCCUGAUCACUGGGAUGUUUACCUGGCUGCCAGUGUGUUCAGCUUCUGCUGCAAGGAGCACCCCACCACUAGACAAAUACCCCUCUCUCUGCUGCGCUGCGGAGGGACUCAGUCCGUCUCCACCUCACCAAGAAAGCUGCCUGUAAGUUGGAAGCUGACAUUAGUGUUAAGCCUCACAGGUCACAACUCAAAUCACCAAUGAAUGAAGUAAUAUACAUCAAAUAUCAUAGGAAUAGGUCUUUAAAGACUGAAUAAUAUUGUUAUAUUUCUGUUCAGCUUUUAUACUGACUUGUGCUUUGACCACCCUGUUUGCAUUGCAGUACAAUGGGAUAAAAGGAAGGACCUUUGUCAUACUAGAGGCCCAACCACCUACAAAGGAAGUCUGUGUGCAGUGCAGUCAGUGCUUGGAAUGGAUCUUGGUCACUCAGGACUCCGAGCUGAAGAGAUAUGAGGACAUGAAACUUGGGGAUGAGGACUACACCCACACCUGUGUGAGCUGCAGGGUGGCCAUGAGCUGCAGGGUGGCCCUGGAGGUCAUGAGGGGUUAG